UCCAGAUCUUCACAUGCUUUCUGCUUAUUUUGCACCCAGCAACAAGUUGCAGAGCUAGAACUAUGAGCAAUGCAGGCAGCAGGCUGAGGGCGGCUGUGCUUUGCAGAUCAGCUUGCUCACAGCCUGCAGGUGGAGUCGUGUUCCUCUCCUGACUGCUGGGGCACCUACAGCUGAGGACAGACUCCCAGUUAGUGCAGACAGCUGAGGCUUAACACUGUGCCUGGUGGAAUUAAUUUUCCUCCAGUAACCCAGGCUUGUGACUGGCUUUGGAUCACAUCCAUAAGUGGUAGUGCUCAGUAGAAGACAAAAUCUGAAAGCCCCAGUGGUCAGGCUUGAUGCUUCCAAAGGUUCAUAUUUGUGAAGUUAGCAAAUACCCAAAUGUUUGUGAAAUCCAUUGUGAGCCAUCUUUGUGCACUUCUCUAGUGCAAAUAAUAGCUGCAUGAGUCCAUUUGUGCUCUGCUGUUAUGCACAUCAAUCUGCAUUACGAAACAGCCUUAUCUCCAUGCCUUGUCACUACCAGUAUCACCUAUAAAAUGCGGUUGUAUUUAACAAAAGAACACCAAUUUCUCCAUCACAGUUAGCCUGUCCUCUAUUGGAACAUAUUUAAUUACAACUCUCUUUUCCUGCACAAGAGGAUAGAUGAACAAUGAGGAGGAUGCAGCGCUGCUGCUCCUGAGCAGCUGGUGAGGGGUGGUUUUUCACACAGGUAAGUACAGGUCCCCGCUGGAAAUUAAUUGGAAAAGGGAGCAGAAAAGCACUCUGCAUUGGAGCAGUCGCGUGUUUAAGUUGAGAAUUGUGCUCUGCUGGAGACCAGAGAGCCUUACACGCUUCUGCCUUCUUUGUAUUGAAAAGCCUGCUGCAAAUUCAGGCCAAAAAUGAAGUUCUCACAACGUCAGAGGCUCUGCGUUUGAAGCCUGGGAGCGCUGCAAGAUGAUAUCAGAUGCGACGGUGCGCUGUCUGGCCUUUGGUGUUUGUGCAGACAGAUGUGCUCAUGUGCUGCGUGUGAUUAGAUUACUUAGUUUUAGUGAACCAUGUGAGCUGAGCUAGCAUUUCCCUCGAUGUGUCACUUCAUCUCUCCUCCCACUUGCUGCAAGCACUGCUGCGAUGUGACUGUCCGGUGCCAGCCUUGUGCCUGCCUGGGAGAUCCUUUUCAGCUUAUGACUGUACCUGAUGGGGCUGAAGACGCUGCAGUCCUCAGUAGCUUUGAACUGAGUGUUUGGGAUCAGGAUGGGAGGAAACAGCCCCCGAGGGCACCAAGAAUCUACCAGUGCCUGAGACAGCCUGUCUACGCAAGUUGAAUGGGUGCUGUGGAGGAACUUCUGUCAACAACAUGUUCUCUACUUAUGGUGCUCCCACAUCAGUGAUGACUACAGAUCUAUAUUAAAAUCAAGACAUCAGCUGGAUACUGUGCGCUGACCUGAUGCAUGUGUUCUCCAGCAGGAACCAAGAACAGACAGUGAAAUUAACUGUUUGGGGUAUCUGAUCUGACCUUCUUGUAGGGUUUCACAUGUGACUUCCUUUUCAAGCAGCAAUGACUGUACUCAGAUAUUGCUUCUUUGUUGUCCUAAUUCUCAGUGUUUCCCUUCCAUUUGUUUUCUAUGCCAUUAAUAUACAUGCACAAAAAUCUCUCAGGAGGCUCAAGUUCUCAGUGAGUUCAACUUUAGUAGAAGACUGUAAAGCACUUACUGAAGAUAAAGUGUCCUUUCUGAAGGAAAAUGCUUUAAAAACAUCCUUUGGAAAAUUCAAUUGCACUGAGUACAUCACACAAAAUCACUACGUCACCCGGGUGCUGUCAGCCGAGGAGGCAGCCUUCCCCCUGGCAUACAUCAUCACCAUGCACAAGGAGUUUGAGACCUUCGAGCGGCUCUUCAGGGCAGUCUACAUGCCCCAAAAUGUCUACUGCAUCCACGUGGAUAGCAAGGCUCCGGCUGCCCUGCAGCAAGCGGUGCGGCGCCUGGUGGGCUGCUUCCCCAACGCCUUCCUCGCCUCCCGCACGGAGCGGGUGGUCUACGGCGGUGUGUCCCGCCUGCGGGCCGACCUGCACUGCAUGAAGGACCUGCUGGCCUCGGCAGUGCCCUGGCACUACCUGCUCAACGUCUGCGGGCAGGACUUCCCCUUGAAGACCAACUGGGAGAUCAUCCAGCAUCUGAAAGCCUACAGGGGGAAGAACAUCACUCCCGGAGUGCUGCCACCAGCUCAUGUAACUGCACGCACCAAGUAUGUGCACCGGGAGCAAUUAUAUUCUUUCUUUUCCUUCACGCUGCCAACUUUUGUACACAAGGCUCCUCCACCUCAUAACCUGACGCUGUACUUUGGUUCUGCGUACAUUGCGGUCACCCGGCCCUUUGCAGAGUUUGUGCUGCAGGACCCGCGUGCCAUCGACUUGCUGGCGUGGUCUGAGGACACCUACAGCCCUGAUGAGCACUUCUGGGUGACGCUCAACAGGAUCCCAGGUAGGCUGUGGGAUCCUGUCUAGGCAUCCAGAACCCUGGGGUGGUUUUGGUACUAAUCUCACUAAAAUAGACCGAUGGCACUAACUUUCCAUUGCAGAGUGCCAGCUGAUUGUGGUGGUCACCACAGCUCUCUUCACCAUGGAGGUACUUCUCAGUGAUGUUCACACAAAUCAGGUUGUCAUCACUCCUGCAGUUUUAUAUAGAAGAUCACCCUGAUGGGUGGCAGCCUAUGUUAGCAACAGUAGUGACAAACCACGCAUGAUAUACCGAGCAAUCCUGAAUUUAUCUUCCUGGAGAUUUCUCCACUUGGCCACGCUGUCUUUUGGUGGGAAUGGCACCUAUAAAUGGGCAGGUGGUGAGUCCAGUGAAGUAACAGCUUUUCUGCUCAGCAGCAGUAGCCCUGUCCUGCAAAGGCACAGGCCUGAAAUAGGCUUAGAUUAUAGCAAGCUUCAGUGAUGUUUGAGCUGUAUAUAUUAAGGUCUUCCUGGUGUCCUUGAAGAGUUGAAAUGGACAGUCCCUGCCUUGAGGGAUGGCUCUGUUUUGCCGUAUUUGCUCUUUAGUCCCAUGUGUAUUUGCAAGUAAUAUCUUUGUGCUGCAAAUGCCACUGUAGGGAUUUGUGAAUUUUCAGAUCCAACUUACAGUACAGGGACUGCACACCUUUUCUCAUGGAAGAGAGGGUGUGCAUAUCUUGCUCCAAGCCUAGAGUGUUUCCCAAUCAUAAACAUGCAAAUCUUGUUCCAUGCCUAAAGUGUUUCCCAACAUAAAUAUCUGGCCUCAAAGUCAAGCAGAAGUUACUAUCAUUUUCAAAAUGUUUUACAGAAUCACCAAAGGUGAUUCUGUGCACUGUUUCACUGUUUUGAGUGGAUUUAUGAAGUGUGUCUUAGUCGACCUGAUGUGCUGGGUGAGGGUACAGAAGGAUUUUCUGUAACCAGCCUACAAAGCACAAGAGAAAAGCUUGGAUUAGUUGAUGGUGUGGAGCUAUAAGCUCAUCUCCUUCCGUAAAGAGAGCUGCAAAUGAGGAAGCACAGAUUGCUAUUGAAGGCUAUUGCUGACUGCCAGCUUGACUUUAAUUGACACAUUGGUUAGAUCCUGGAAUUACAGGUAGAGUACCUGGAAUUUCAGAGUAAAUCAGGUAGCCUUUUAUCUUGUGUCAUUUCCAUCUGAAUAUGAGUUUAUGUGUGAAAGCAAAAGCAGUGGCUCAUUUUGUGUAAGAUAUAGAUGUCUUUCUUGAUAAUAGCUGGUAGUGGUGCAAGAAGGAAAGGGAAUGGACUCCUUCUUUGAGCCAGUGCAACUCUCAUUGGGAUCUGAAUGGCAAAAAGGAAAAAAAAAAGAGAAAAGGGGAAUCUUAGCUGAGAAGCAUAUUUUGUUGUGUUCUGUGGUUGUGGUCAAUGUUCAAAACCAGGGCAUGUUUUUCCUGCCUCCAAACCUGUGUCUGUGUGCUCAGCACAGUGCUGUGAGAUGUUGCUCAGGGGGGAGGAGGGGGCUUUACUUCCCAAAUGGUGUUUUGCAACCACCAGAACUGCAUAGGUGGGUUGUGAAUUCAGCCACAACUGACUGGAAAAACGGGUCAGGCCCCCAGCACUUUUACUUUCAUUUCUUCCCUUGGUGCAUACUUGAAAUUCACUUAUUUUGCUGCAGGUACUUUCAGAUUCCUGUCACAUACAUGGGUGAUCCAAGCCGUGUAAGGUGAGAGCUGAAUAAAAGUAGAGUGAGGAGCUCACACCUGAGUUUAUAUUAAUGCUCACCACCAACAUAACUCUUCAGACAAACUGUUUUAUCAAAAGGCCCCGAGAACAACUUCUGAAUAUGAAAUCAAUUGGUAAAGAUUUGACAAAGAUAUAAAGGAAAAUGUGGUAAACCCAUUUUUUUUUUUAAGUGCUGAGCUACAUUAUUCUUUACUCUUUAAUUAACUUACAAAAAUGCCUAGUUUACUUAAUUUUAGAGCUGGUGAAUAAUGUGAAGUCAGUAAUUUUGUAUUCCUAGAAGGCAGUGCCUCCCAUUGUUUUUGUGGAUGUCCUGAGGUUGUUCCUGUUUUGUCAGUCAUCUUUCUUCUUUCCCACAGCGUCAGCAUUUUCCAAGGUUUAUCAUCACACCACGCUUACUGCCAGCUCUUGUGAACAGGUUUCUAAUUUGGAAUGACAACGCAUGUCCCAGACCGUUUGAAGAGCGUACCCCCUGCUAUCACUGCCUCUUUUUGUCUUUUAUAAAGUGUUGUCUCUACAUGAAUGCUUUCUGCAAAAGAAUAACAUCUUCUGAAAUGUCCCCUGGACAAAAUCUCACUUUGGCAUGUUAUUUUGUUUUAUUUGA